AGACAUUGAUUGCAUCGGUGGGGAAGGAUGAUCAAUUCGUUUUAUCCUUUUAAAGGUCUGAGCAGUUCCAUCAGAAUCAAGAUGGAAAACAAUGAAGAACGUCAAAGAAAGAUUUUUAAGGCCCGCAAAACCAUGAGAGCAAGUGACAGGCAGCAGCUUGAGAGUGUCUAUAAGGUAAAGGAGGAACUUCUGAAAACCACAGAUGUCAAGUUGUUAAAUGGGAAACAUGAAAACGGGGAUUCAGAUCUUAAUUCCCCGUUACUCAUUUCUGAAUGUACUGAGGGCAAAGAAGUGAACGGCAUAGAAGAUUUAUGCCUUGACUCCGAAGGACAAAAAAUGGACUCUGAAGAACUCAUGGAUGCCAAAAGUCCAGAUGUGAAAGAGAACCAGGUUAGUGACCUGACUCCUAAACUUGAAACCCUGACCCCUGAGAACAUUGUUUCUGAGCAAGAACGUGAGGAUGCUAGCACUGCUCCAGGCUCUGAACCUGAAAAUCAGGUGCUUGACUGUAAUAUUGAUAAUGACUUACAGGACGAAGUCAAAGUCAAUGAUGAUUUGGACCACAAAGAUAAUUGUAUAAAAGACGUUUUGGACCAGAAAGCCACACCAAGCGAGCCUGAAGAGGAAAGCAAAGUAAGCUGUGAUAUUAAUGACAGCUCAGUAGAACCAGUAGAAAAAAAUGAGUUAGCUCUUGCUCCUGAUACACCUAUGGAAGAAGAAAAGAGUACCAAGGAAACUCUUCUAAAAGAGAACAUUGAUGAGGAAGCAAUAUCUAGUAGUAUUGAUACAGAUGUAAAUCCAAAGGAGGAAGCUACUCCAUCUGCAGAACCUCUAGAGACCAGCACUCAAAAAGCUGUAGAAGAUGAACCAGCAGAAAACAUUUUGGGAAAUGCAGCCACAAUGGAAACAGAGGAAAUCAUUCCAAUUUUAGAAAAGCUGGCUCCAGCAGGUGAAUUAAGUUGUUUCCCCAAAUCUACUAUGCUUCCAGUAGAAAAUCCUAACUUUGAUGCAGAAGAUAAAGCAGAAAACCCAUUAAAUUCUUUAGCCAAACAUGAAAGCAGCGAAAGUUUGCCCAAAGAAGCUUUCUUGGUACUUUCAGAUGAAGAGGAACUCUGUUCUGUUAAAGAAGCUGAAGUGAUAAUGCCGAAUGAUUCAACCCCUUCAGAAGGCAAAGAUGAUGUAAAAGAACUGGAAAAAGUAGAAGAAAAGGAGCAUGACAAGGAGGAAGAGAGACCACCAGAAAAAGGUGAGGCAUCAAGAAGAAAGCGUUCCAAAUCAGAGGAUAUGGACAAUGUCCAUUCUAAACGCCGUCGACAUAUGGGUGAAGAAUAUGAAGCAGAAUUUGAAGUAAAAAUUACAACCAGAGGAGAUAUUAAUCAGAAACUAGAAAAGGUCAUCCAGCGGUUGCUAGAAGAAAAGUUCAACGCACUGCAGUGUGCUGUGUUUGAUAAAAAUCUAGCAGAUCUGAAAACCAGAGUAGAUAAGAUUGAAUGUAGCAAGAGACAUAAAACUGUCCUUACUGAAUUACAGGCUAAAAUUGCAAGAUUAACUAGACGUUUUGGAGCAGCCAGAGAGGAUUCAAAGAAAAGACAAGAAAAUCUACAAAACACACCCCAUUCCCCAGGAAAAGCAGUGGGCGACACAGGCAAUAUCAACAGCGUGGCGUAUCGAAAUGCCGGAACAGUGAGACAAAUGCUGGAAUCCAAGAGAAAUGUAGGAGAUACCACAUCAAAUACUUUACAGUCCCCUGUGAAUACAGUGUCUGCUACCCCUCUUAGUACUCCACAGACAGCUGUCAGUGGACAUCCCAAACCACAGACUCCUGUCACCUCUGCACCAUUGACUUCUGGCUCCUUGUCAACUUCUGUUCUACCUGCGGCCAACACAGCAACAGUAGUCGGCACGAGUCAAGUGGCUGGUGGAACCGCACAGCCAAUGUCUGUUUCAUUGCAAUCUUUGCCAGUAAUACUGCAUGUACCUGUUGCAAUGUCCUCCCAGCCUCAGAUCCUGCAAGGCCAUACUGGUACUUUGGUUACUAACCAGCAAUCUGGCAACGUGGAAUUUAUACCUGUACAAAGUCAAUCUAAUGUUGGCAACUUGACCAAAACUCCAUUGUCUCUGUCAUCGGCUAAUUCAAUAAAACCAAGCAGCUCAUCUGUGCCCAGCUCUAACAUUCAGAGGAACACUUCGGCCGGUGUUGGGUGUUCUAUAGGGACAACUCUAGCUGUGCAGGCUGUAUCAACAGCACACCCUGUUGCACAAGCCGCAAGGACUACUUUGGCUACUGUAAGCACAUCAGGGGUGUAUACUCCUCCCAUCAAUAGGAAUUCCAUACAGAUGAAGAUACCUCUGUCAGCCUUCAGCAGUACAACUCCUUCUGAAGCAAGCACUGCAGCAGCACCUAGAGUUGAGAGUCAAACAUCCAGGUUGCUACUACCCUCGCUGCCACCAGCAGAUAUUUCAGCAAACAAAAAAGCACCUGAGGCAGCUGCACAGAGUGGAAAGGCCACAGGCAGUGGAGUAAUUGAUCUCACACUGGAUGAUGAAGAUGAUGGCUCUUCUCAAGGUGGCAAGAAGCAGAACCAAUCUGUACCUGCAUUGAGCCUGUCAACCCAGUCUGUAGCUCGUCCUCUGCAGCCAGUACAGACAAGCCCUCUCCAACAAGCAGGCAUGCCAACAACUGGCCUGUCGCAGACAACCAUACAUGUUCUCCCCACAGCCCAGACAACUGUGAAUGUAACCCAUCGUCCAGUGACUCAGACUCCUGCCAGGCUCCCAAUACCAAGAGCCCCUGCUAACCAUCAAGUAGUCUAUACUACUCUUCCUACACCAUCAGGACAGAAUCCUGUGCGAACCACAGUCAUGCAGAGCCCUAGUUUAAGGCAGGUCAACCCACAAAACUCUGGUGUGACAGUACGAGUGCCUCAGACAACUGCGUAUGUUGUAAACAAUGGGCUAACCUUGGGAUCUGGAGGACCUCAACUCACAGUUCACCAUCGGCCAGCUCAAGUGCAUUCAGAGCCACUGCGGCCUGUGCAUCCAGCCCCACUGCCAGAGGCCCCACAGCCAUCACGCUUGCCUCCUGAAGCUGCCAACACCUCUCUGCCUCAGAAGCCACACCUGAAGCUCGCACGUGUAGAAAGUCAGAAUGGCAUAGUUCUAUCCUGGAGUGUUUUGGAAGUGGACCGGAGCUGUGCCAGUGUGGAUAGCUACCAUCUGUAUGCAUACCACGAGGACCCCAGUGCUACUGUGCCCUCUCAGUGGAAAAAGAUUGGGGAAGUAAAGGCCCUCCCCCUGCCUAUGGCAUGCACACUUACACAGUUUGUGUCUGGAAGCAAAUACUAUUUUGCAGUUCGUGCUAAAGACAUCUACGGACGCUUUGGACCCUUCUGUGAUCCCCAGUCAACAGAUGUGAUUGCUUCUCAAAGCAGUUAAACUUCAGACUCUGAAGGCUUCUCUUCUUGCCCCACAAUUGUGGCUUACUCUGGUUUUGGGUUUAUUCUCAUGCAUGAAACUCACUGUAAGAAAUCCCCCCUGCAGGAUUGUUUUGGACAGCAAUGUCAUACACUACACAAACUCCAUAACCAAAACCAAAAUAAAUUCCUAGCCUGCAGUGGGAGAGCCUGUAUUUCUGAUAAGCUCUUGAAGUACGAAGUCCUCUCUGCUUCCCUCACAAGCUGCUCUGCCUGUUAAGCCGUAAGACAGUGACCCCUGGGAAUUUGGCUUCCAGCUGACCUAGGCUGAAGAGGAGUGUCAUGCACAGGCCAAAGGGCAGAAGGAGUGUUCAAGGGUCAGGUUAGGAGGGAAGUCAGGAUUCAGGGUCUUGCUUUCUUUUGUUUUGGAACAGUGACUAGUCUUACAAGGCACAGCCUGCUUUCUAGAAGGCAAAAGACCUUGUAUGUGGCCAGUGCUUGAGAAAUGUAGGUGUGUCUGCUUAUUUGAGGGGUGAGGGAUUAAGCAGCCCUCUGGCUGGUUUGUAGAAUACUUGCCACCAAAACCAGGGAACAUUCUGAAGCCAGUCUGAAAACAGAUUUAUAGAAAACUUCAAUUGCAUUUCCAAUAGUUUCCUGAUCCUCAUCUCUAUGUCCUCUUUUUUAAAAAAGAUUUAUUUGUGCCUUAAAACAAUAAUUUCAACAGUAAAUGUAGUCACAUAUCAUGUGCCCGCUUACUUCUUUUGCUCUUUCUUUUUAGCCCCAGAGUGUCAUAACCUUCCCUCAUAGAUUCCCCAAAAGUGUAGCACACAAAACCUUCCUGAGUUAAUUCCCACUUGAGAUCAUUCAGGCCAUCAUUUAACCUGCUAGUUCUGACUGGUCUGUGAAGUUGGGUCAUGCAGACAGUAUUUGACAAUUCUCCUUGGGAAGUUGGUGUGCCCUGUGGAUUGGCCAAAGGAGAUGUGGGCAGCCUAAGACACUUCCUUCUCCUCACAUACAUGAACACUUUUUGCUAUGCUAAGCCAAUCUGAUAAGGUCACUUAAAAGAAAGCAAUCAACUCAAUCUUCUAAUAGAACCUUUCAUUCUUUCAAUGGCUGAGCCAACACAAUAUACAGUACCUCCACGUCCUUACAUCCCAACAAGAGUUAGUGCCCACCACGAACACUUGAACCACACCUGACAGAUGUUGAAGAAAGUUUCACUAUGCCGUCUUCCAGAGAAAAGCAGCACAUCUAUUGUCUUCCUGGUGUAUCAGCUCCAGUUGGGAAGUGGGUGGCAGCUGUUCCCACUUCAUUGACUGACCAGGGUCCAGCAGUUUCCUUAACUUGUUACUUCAAAUCUGAUAAGAGUUGAAACUGAAAUUUAAGGUUUGUAAGAGGAUGGUCUAAAGUUUGUUGAUGCUGUAUGUUUUGGAAAGACAGGGUCUUAAUUCUCUCAUUGUGAGAACACAAAGUAAAUUUCCUUACAUUUUUUAUAUGGUAUGCCUUAUGUCCUCUGAGUUAUAUUCGUUUUGAGUGACAUGAAAGCUUUUCUUGUAAAUUUCUGGCUUAUCUAUCUAAUGACUAAAGUCAAGAACUGUCUUAGAGCUAGAUCGUAUGUAUAUGGAAUACUUCACCCCCAAAGCAAACAGCUGGCAUUUCAACACUUUGUCUCACUUGCCUAACAGUGAUGCAAUCACCUACAAAAAUGAUAUUUUUUUAGGGCCACCUCUAAUUUUAAUAAGUAUAAUGGGGGGAGGGGCAGAAUCAACUCCCAUUGGAAGUAUACCAAAAACCAAGGGAGAAUUUCAUUACAAAAAUAGUUUUAUUGGGGAAGGGGCUUACCACUCUGCUGUUGACUCAACAAUAUCAGUUAUGUGUAGCCAAAGAUGUAGUUUAUUAUCUGCACUGGGUCCUUAGCGCUGGAGAAGUUCCUCUUCACUUUUUUUAUUGAACUUGGGCAAUAAAGUCAAGCCUGGGUGCAACUUGAAGAGAAAUGUGUUUUUGUAGGGCUUGUAGCACUGGAGGAAGCUGGGUCACAUUCUAUUCAAGACCUUGCCACCGGAAAGGAAAAAAAAUACGGAUGAACAUUCCCUAAAUAUAUGCAGGAGAAAAAUGUGAACCCUAGUCUGAGAAAAGUACAUCUGCAUACUUUGUACCUCUUGCCCCUUGUUAUGGCGAUACAGCAGAUAAUUAGCUAAGAUUUUACUGUUGCUUACUCUUCUUUCUCUAGGACUAGAUACUAUUCCAUUAUCAAUCAGCUAUAAGGUGUACUAAUUACAGCUUCUGUUAAGUUGGAUCCAAGAUGCGUACCUUGGGACUUUGUCUUUAGAUCUGUGACUAGAAAAUGGCAGUGAGGCUAUUGUGGGGGUGGGACUUGCACUUUCUCAAGCAGAAUUGAUCUGGUCAGGCAAAUUAUGUAGGGCACCACAAAGGGAAAGGCAGAAACAGGCUUUAAUUGAGUUAGUUGUCAACAAGUGCUCAUAAUUAGUGACUUUUUGGCCUUGUAUCUGGUGCUGUAUUUCUUUUUUGCUUUUGCCCCAAAGAAAUGAGAGUUUACAAAUCUUUAUAACAGACAUUGGAAAAUAAUAUUUCCUUUUUAUCAAAGUAUUAUAAGCUAAACUGGAUUGCACAAAUACCAAGCUGCAGAGUCAUUGGAAUUUUACUACUCUGUGCUUAUUGAGAAACUGUUCAGCUCAGCACUCUCUGUGUGUGUUAUGGAUUAGGCAAACCUAAAGUUCUUAAAGAAAAGAAAGGGGGCAUGGAGGGAUUUCAGCAUCCACACUUUCUUGUGUCAGUAUUUCUCCCCACCCACCCACCCACCGUGUUUUCCUUACUGCAGUAUAUGGCUGGCCCAUGCUUGAAAAUUCUGUUUUCUACUUCUAUUUAAAUGUGAUACUGAAGUAUGUCUCCAUCUGUAUUUCUGCUGUUUUCUCUUCUUUGCCUUUAAUACUUGAGAAUCCAUGUUCUAGUUAGUAACAAGUUCCAUGUCUUAGGAAAGGACAAGUGAAAUGUUUUCACUGUUUAAAAUUAGAAAGUGGUGUGACUAUUGCUGCUAAAUUAUUGUGAGUCCCUUAGGUUAACUUGUUUGUUUGUCUCUCCCAUUUUAUUUCUCAGAUUACAGCUAGAAGGCCUUUUCAGGAAGACCUCAGUGGCUAGGAGACUGGAGACUUGGAAGGGGUGGGGGGUACAGCAUACAUUUUUCUGUACUUGCCACUUAAUGGGGAAAGGUGGAAUGUCCAAGCUGGUUGGCAAGUGUUCUCUGAACUUAAGAAGUUGUUUGUUCUUCAGGGAUUGCUGAAGCACUAAGAUUAGUUCUGGGCUGCAUUUUCAGCAUGAUUACAGUGCUACUUAAGGUACAUUUUGCACAAAAGGGACUCAUGAGAAAUAGUGGCAAAGCUAUUGCUGUCUGGGAUGAUGCAAGUUGUGCUGCAAUAAAUCACAUUGGUUCACCUUUUCAUUUAAAGCUCUGUUGAAUACUAAGUGGUCUGUGAUCUGAGAACCCAUGUUACAUGUAAGGUCAGCCUAUAAGUACCUUGUUCCCUCAAAUUGCCACAUUACAGUAUUAAGUAGGAGAGCUACAAUUGCAGUACACAAAAGUCUAGAUGGAACCCCUUUAGUAUUUUUAUUCAGUCAACAGCAAAAAAUACCGAAAGCUUGAUAUAUUGAAAAUACUGCUUUCUUUUAGUGUGUUUUGGCACACAGUGUUUUGUUAACACAAAGGAAGGUCUUUUAGUAUUGCCAAAAACAAGUGAUCCCAUCCUUCUUGGAACCAGUUUUAUGUCGAGAGGUGAAUGUAGACAUGAGUACAAAUUAAAAUGUGAUAUUUUAUCAUUGAAUUUAAUCAAUAUUUUAUAACACAUGGUUUCUCACAUUAUUGUGCUGGCUUUCCCUGUUUGAAAAUAUAUUUUAAGUGCUGUCUAAGUUGAAGUUUUAUCUGUAAAUAAAGUAAUUGGACAGCCAAAACCUUGAGGUACUUGUUGGACUUCAGUAACUUAUCAGCCACUGGCAAAUAAACUCCUACAAAACUCCUUAUAGAAACUUGCACUCUUUUUUCCCUUUUUCUUUCUACAGAAGAACGUGUAAAUAAAGAUAAUGUAGGACGUACCAAAAAGUCCAUUUUGAGCAGGGCAAUGGCAAGUUCUCCCAGACUUUUGUAUGCAUUGUAGAUUAGUGUCUGUAUACGUGUUAAUUGUAGUGGGGUUUUGUCUGACAAGCCUGAGAUUUAUACUUUGAAAUAAACUACUGGGUUUUUAA